CCAACCUCCACUCUCUUUGCAUUAAGAAACACACAGCACAGCUUGUUGAGAGAAAGAGUCAGCCAUUUGUGAGAGAUGGAGAGCUUGAGUUUCCCAGUCAUUAACUUAGAGAAACUAAAUGGUGAGGAGAGAGCUGCCACCAUGGAGAAGAUUAAAGAUGCUUGUGAGAACUGGGGCUUCUUUGAGUUGGUGAACCAUGGGAUACCCAUUGAGGAACUUGACACUCUGGAGAGGAAGACAAAAGAGCACUACAGAAAAUGUAUGGAACAAAGGUUCAAGGAACUUGUGGCUAGUAAAGCUUUGGAAGGUGUUCAAACUGAGAUCAAAGAUAUGGACUGGGAGAGCACCUUCUAUGUUCGCCAUCUCCCUCAGACAAACUUAAAUGAACUCCCAGAUCUCGAUGAUGAAUACAGGAAGGUGAUGAAGGAAUUUGCAUCAAAAUUGGAGAAACUAGCAGAGGAACUGCUGGACUUGUUAUGUGAGAACCUUGGAUUGGAGAAAGGUUACCUGAAGAAGACCUUCUAUGGCUCAAAGGGGCCAACUUUUGGCACCAAGGUUAGCAACUACCCACCAUGUCCACAACCCGAUUUGAUCAAGGGCCUCCGAGCCCACACCGACGCCGGUGGCAUCAUCUUACUCUUCCAGGAUGAUAAGGUGAGCGGCCUCCAGCUUCUGAAAGAUGGGCAGUGGAUUGAUGUGCCCCCAAUGCGCCACUCCAUUGUGGUUAACCUUGGUGACCAGCUUGAGGUUAUCACCAAUGGCAAAUACAAGAGUGUGGAGCACCGAGUAGUUGCUCAAAGAGAUGGCAACGGCCGCAUGUCAAUAGCUUCAUUCUACAACCCUGGCAGUGAUGCAGUUAUCUAUCCAGCACCACCAUUGUUGGAAAAAGAAGCAGAGGAGAAGAAACAAGUGUACCCAAAAUUUGUUUUUGAAGACUACAUGAAGCUGUAUGCCGGCUUGAAGUUCCAGGCAAAAGAACCCAGGUUUGAAGCCAUGAAAGCUGUUGAAACCACUGUUAAUCUGGGCCCAAUUGCCACUGCUUAAUUAAGAAAAUGUAAUUUACUGCUUAAUUUUUGUGUGUUGAUGUCGUGUGAAGCUUGGUUAUGAAGAAGUCAAAGCUUACUGCAGUAUCCAUAUCAUUACUAUUAAUAAUUUGUAGACAGCAACAGAUGUAACAUUAUUUUAUAAUAAUAUUAAUAGACCUUGUCUCCCCCUCAUUAUUUUA